AUGACUGAGGAGAGUCAAUGGUACCCGCCCACGGUGACGGCGAUUGGAGAUCCGCUUGAGUUUAAGUCGCUGACGUUUUACUCGCCGGUGCCACAAGCAUUGAAGGAUACUACUGAACCAAUUGUCCUUGGCGUGGAUGAAGCGGGUCGGGGUCCAGUGCUUGGCCCGAUGGUUUACGGCGUGGCCUAUUCGUUGAAGAUGGCUCAAGAUGGGAUCAAAGAAGCAGGGUUUGCUGACUCCAAGACGCUUAGUGAGCCGAUGAGACGUCAACUAUUCGAAGGGGUUGACUCAUUGAAUAUUGGUUAUGCUACCACUACAUUAACUGCUAAAGAUAUAUCUCUGGGGAUGCUUUCGAAAAACAAUUAUAACCUUAACCAACAAGCCCACGAUACUACCAUUGACUUAAUUCGUGGCGUGCUUGCUCGAGGAGUGAAAGUGACGGAGAUCUAUGUCGAUACUGUGGGACCGCCUCAAUCGUAUCAGGAUAAACUCCAAAAGCUUUUCCCUGAAGUUCAAGUGACGGUGGCCAAGAAAGCUGAUGCUAUAUAUCCAAUUGUGCUGGCGGCUUCGAUUGUGGCUAAAGUGACUAGAGACUUCAAUUUGACUUACUAUGUCAAUACUCUCGGCUUAGGGGAGAUUGGUUCAGGGUACCCGGGUGACCCUAAUACGAAACUGUUUAUCCGGCAAGACAUUGACCCAGUAUUCGGCUGGCCGCUGGGUCUCUUACGGUUUUCGUGGGGAACGGCAAAAGAGUUGCUUAAAGAGCACGUGUUGGUGAACUACGAAACCGACCCCGUGCGUGAUCCUGGCUACGGCCUGCUUGAUAAUAUGGCUAAGAAGCCCGCAUUUAUUGAUUCCAGCUACUAUGGUAAUGACAACGUUGCUCUCUAG